CUCUGAGUUCGACUGGUUUUGACUUCGAAGGUGAGGUUUACUUGCGAACUCCGAAAAACAGAUCGAGACAAAACAUCGGUUCUGGUUUUAGUUAAUCCCAAACAAACAUCAUAAAAUGGAUCGCCUGGCGUCUUUUACCAAUGAUCCUUUUGAUAAACCUCCGUGCAGAGGCUGUUCCUCUUACCUGACUGAGCCCUACAUCAAGUGUGCAGAAUGCGGACCUUCACCUUUCCUGCUCUGUCUACAGUGUUUCACUCGAGGAUUUGAGUACAAGAAGCAUCAGAGUGACCACAAAUAUGAAAUUAUGACGUCAGACUUCCCCGUCCUGGAGCCGGGAUGGACGGCCCAGGAGGAGAUGGCUCUGCUGGAGGCGGUCAUGGACUGUGGCUUCGGCAACUGGCAGGAUGUGGCCUAUCAGAUGCGCAGCAAAACCAAAGAGGAGUGUGAGAGCCACUACAUGAAGAACUUCAUCAACAACCCGCUCUUCUCCUCCACCUUACUCAGCCUGCGCAAAACGAAAGACUAUCGCUACGCAGAGGGAGCCAUCCCCUUUAAACCCAGCGACGACCCCCCUCGGCCCACGUUCGACUCGGUGCUGUCCCGAGACAUGGCUGGAUACAUGCCUGCCCGAGCAGACUUCAUGGAGGAGUUUGACAACUAUGCAGAGUGGGACCUGAAAGACAUCGACUUCGUGGACGAUGACUCAGACAUCCUGCACGCGCUGAAGCUCGCUGUUGUCGAUAUUUAUCACUCACGAUUAAAGGAGAGACAAAGAAGGAAGAAGAUAAUCCGGGACCACGGAUUGAUCAACCUGCGGAAAUUUCAGCUGCUGGAGCGAUGCUACCCGAAGGAGGUGCAGGAGCUGUACGACGCCAUGCGGCGCUUCGCCCGGGUGGUCGGACCCACCGAACACGACAAGUUCAUCGAAAGCCACGCGCUGGAGUUCGAGCUGAGGAGGGAGAUCCGCCGGCUGCAGGAGUACAGGAGAGCGGGGAUCAAGUCCUUCUGCAGCGCGAAGGUGUACGAGCGGGUGAAGCGGAUGCGUGAGGACGAGCGGCGGAAGAGGACCAUGCUGUGCGACGUGCUGCAGUACAUCCAGGACGGCCGGGCCUGUCAGCAGUGGCUCAGCAAGCAGGCGGCCAUCGACGCAGGCAUCACCCCGGCAGUCACCACCAUCACCGUGUCAGCAACAGGCCGGCGGAGCGCCCCUCCUCUCAACCUGACCGGCCUGCCGGGGACGGAGAAGCUGAACGAGCGGGAGAAAGAGCUGUGCCAGGUGGUGCGCCUGGUGCCGGGCGCCUACCUGGAGUACAAGCAGGCGCUGCUGAACGAGUGCCGGCGGCAGGGCGGGCUGCGGCUGGCGCAGGCCCGGGCGCUCAUCAAGAUCGACGUCAACAAGACCCGGAAGAUCUACGACUUCCUGAUCAAAGAGGGCCACAUCACCAAGGCGUAGGAGCGCCGGGGCCCUCCACAGGGGCGGCGCCGCACCCACAGGCUGCCUCUGUUUUAUCAAGUGUUCUCAUAUCAUGUUGUUUCUUAAUACAAAGUAUUAAAAUGUUUGUAUAAUUCUGUCAGGUGGACAGAAACUCCUUUUAAAAGAUAAAGUAUUCAGUUCUCAAGCUGUCAUGUUUUAAAAGUAAUGAUGACGACGAUGAUGUCCAGUUAGUGUGUUUUCAACAUGUCCUGUAGUUUUCUGUAAUUAUUGUAAAAUUAAAGAAGAUAUUGUGGACAAACCCUGAGUUGUGUUCUGAAGACGUGUGUGUUUUUCCCUCAGGUGUUUUUAGACUUUGCUCCAGCGACAGCCUGCAAACAGGAAACUUAACUCGUCU